GAUCUUUCAGUAUAAACUGCAAUUGACUCUUUUUCCUGAUUGCAUUUUUGAGAUUUCCAAUGACUUUUAAGUUUAGAGUUUGAGGUUAUGUAUGACGCUCGAUUCUCUCAAGCGAUUGGUGCACACGCCCCCAACUGUGAAUAUGAUUGGUUCUCUUUUGGAGCACAUUCUCAUCCUUCUUCCAGUCAUUCUAACCUCAAACAGUUAUUAUAGAAAUCAUUAACAAUAAACAGUUAUAUUAUAUCUGAGAUAAAAUUAUCAGGAAUAUGAAAAGGAAGGUGGCUCUCUUUGUAGGUGGAGAAAUAAAAACAUAAUUGUCUACCCUCAAAUAACACAAUUGAAAAUAAAUUUCAGUCUUAAUUCUAAAGUUUUGAUAACUUGUAAUCCAAAUUGAUGGAGCAUGUUUGUAAACACGUUUAAAGGGAAAGGGACAUUUAAAGGGAAGUUUAGAAAUGUUUUAUAUUCAUCCACCUGAAGGACAAGUAGCUCUGCACUCAUUAGAAGAAUGUGUUUUAACGAGACUGGAGUAUUUAGAGCUCUUAUACGAUAAAAAAACUAGUGAGUUUAGUGGAAAUUUAGAGUAUUUGUUAGAGUGCUCCGUUUAUGAUCGCAUAGGUCAUUUCACUUUAAGAUUAUUAACAGCGAGCUCCACUGAUUUUUUUGGUUAUUGGCUAGCGCGAGAAAAAUUAUUAUUCAAACACAGACUUAAUCAAAUUUCACCGAGACAGUUGUGCAGGUUACUCAAAAGUAUAAUAAGACAACUGAAAAGGCGAGAUAAAAAGGAAAAUUCAGUAGACGUAGAUUCUGCUCUAUUGGAAGUCAGUUUGCACUAUUUGCAAGCUGAUGUUUUUAGUCACAUUAUUGAUAGAAACCAUUCCUACGAAUGCAGAGCUCAUCGUUUAAAAGUGGAUUUUCAGCUCCUUCCUAAAAUGGUGCAGAACCGAGAAGUGGAAUUAUCAAACGGUUAUGCUGUCGUAUUUUGUUCCCAGUGGAGAGAAGUUCUUCUUUCCCUCUUUCAAACGUUCAUUGAAUCUGAAGCUUGUGAUACAGAAUUUCCCAUGGAAUCAGUAUUAACAGAUCCUCGUUUAAUUUACUUAAAUCGAAAAUUGCAGUUUAGACUCUUAAGGGACGGAGUCAGCUGCGGGCAGCUUUCAGCCUCAAAUUUAGACGUGGAAUCUUUAAAGUUUCCGCCAUGUAUGCGAAAUUUGCAUACAGAGUUGAGGCGGAAGCAUCGAUUGAGCCACUUUGCUCGUUUUUACUACAGCCUCUUCUUGAAAGAAUGUGGUAUGAAGUUGGAGGAUGCGGUAGAUUAUUGGAAAAACGAAUAUUCCAAGCCACAACUCAAUGCAUCAAUAUGUUCUCACAAAUGGCAGAAGGAUGCCAAAAAAUUCACAUACAGCAUCAGGCAUAUGUAUGGUUUGGAGGGAUCUAGGAAGAACUAUCGAGCUCCGAAUUGCAACGCAAUUUGUAUGCAGAACGUUGGGCCAAAUUAUGAAGGUGGAUGUCCGUUUAAGGAGUUUGAUAACAGGUCAUUGAAGCGACUUUUGAGUUCUUCCUUGCCGAAAAGUGAUUUAGACGAAUUUUUGAAAACUGUUUCGAGACUGCAACCUAAAAGUGCGUGUACCGCUUAUUUAAAGUUAUCGCGGAAAGAUGUGGGAGAUGUGACUGUGACUAGCCCUGUUGAGUUUUAUUUGGCUAGGAUUAAUCCAAGUUAGUUUAAAUCCUAACAAAAUUAAAUUACAUAUGAAGAAUACAAGUUUUAAUAAUUAAUUGUAAAUAUUUUAACUCUUAAGGUGUCAAUUGUAAAUAUUUUUGCAACGAUUUUGUAUUUGCGUGAAAAAAACUUAUACGGUUUCAGAUUUAAUUUUCAUGCAUAAUAAUUUUUAAUAUUUCAAUUGUAGAUAUUUUUGCAACAAUUUUAUGAUUCCGUGAACGAAACCAAAUUUAUUUAUGCAUGAAAGAAACUUAUACGGUUUCAGAAAUAAUUAACAUGCAUAAUAAUUUUAAAUAUUAUAAUUAUAGAUAUUUUUGCAACGAUUUUAUAAUUUCGUGAACGAAACCAAAUUUACACGGUUUCAGAUAUACUUUUCAUACACUAUAAUUUUUCGGAAUUGAGAUUUUUGGUCGGAUUGUUUUCGUAUGAUCAAUAAUCCGAAGACUGUGUAUUUAACCAAAAAAUUUACUAUUUAAAUCAUGUUUUAUAAAUAAAAUAUCUUUAUUGUAUUAUUUUCUAG